UCCUUCCAUUGUCAUCCUACCCGGCCGGCCAGGCUGCCAGGGCCCUCCCCCUCCCGGCCCCCUCCCUUCCUCUCGCCGUCUCACAGUCGCUCUGCAGCCUCCGGCGACCCGGGGGGAUGUGAGGCCGGCGCCCCGGCCCCCCGCCCGCCAUGAGCCCCCGGCUCUGAGGGCCCCGGCCCCUGGAUGCACAGCCCCGGCGCGGGCUGCCCUGCCCUCCAGCCAGACACGCCAGGCUUUCAGCCCAGCCCAUGGACCUGCGAGUGGGACAGCGGCCCCACAGCGGAGCCCCCACCAGAGCCUGCACUGCUGGCCCUGCAGCGCCCUCAGCGCCUGCACCGCCAUCUCUUCCUAGCAAGCCUGCAACAGCAACAGCGCUCAGCUGAGCCCAUGAGGCUCUCAAUGGACUCGCCAAUGCCUGAGCUGCAGGGAGGACCGCAGGAACAAGAACUCCGACAACUUCUCAAUAAAGACAAGAGCAAACGAAGUAAGGGUGGAUCUGGGAGGGAGGAGUGGGAGGGUCACCAUUUCCUGAGAUGCCCUCUGUUUACCUGGUUCUGCCUGUGA